GCCAGCUGUUAAUGUUUUGAUUUGCAAUGGAUUGAAAAAUGCAAAGAAAACUAUAAGAAAAAGGGCGAAAUAAUCUGAAUUACAAGCCAAAGGAACCUCACAGGAAACUAACUAAAUGCUAACAUGACAAAGGUGCCGAAAGUAGCCCUCAAUUUGAAGCAGUUUAUGCUGCGCCAGGAAGUGCUGAAACUAUACCGGGACAUCUUCCGCACCAUUCGCCAAGUGCCGGACAAACACAGCCAGGCGGAGCUGCGGGCCUGGGCGCGGCACGACUUCCAAACGAACCGCUCCCAGAGCGACGAGGUGGCCAUCAAGAUGCUGAUGCAGCACGGCCGGCGGAGUCUGACUGAGCUGAAGACCAGCCUACAGCUGAGCGGAGUGGGCGAGCAAAAGUGAGGAAAAUGCCUGUUGACUUUAUUUUUGAGCUCGACAACAAUACGAAAAUAAAUACGAGGUAAAACUAA